UUCCAGUAACUAAGAACUGGAGAUACAAUCGGCAGUAAUUCUGUGACUUAAAAAGAUAUAUGAUACACAGCAGUUUUAGCUUGGAAUGAAAUGGCAAAUAGUGUGCGAUUGUAAAAAAGGACGCCUGGUGGCGCUGCAGGCCAGGAGUAUGAAGGAAAGGCUCCGUGAAUGCCCAGGACGCCAUUAAGCUGGGAAUCAGAAUUCUGAAUGCUUCCUAAAAGAAGGAAGCAUUUUAGGGAAGACCUAGGAGCAGAGAUCUUAAGAGAGGGCAUCCUUCGUGUGCAAGUCGGUGAGAAAGAUCUAAUUGGAGUUAAUUUUACGAAAUCAUCUGCCAAGUUGAAGAACUGCAUCUUCUUGAACCCGAUCUGAACAAUGGAGACUGUGCUUGCAAAGACGCUACAGAAAAGGCAAGUAUUCUUUCUUGUUAUAUUGUUGCUUUUGUGGGAUGCUGGCUCUGAAGCAAUCAGGUAUUCUAUGCCAGAAGAAAGAGAAAGUGGUUCCUUUGUGGCCAACCUGGCAAAAGACCUGGGGCUCGGGGUGGGGCAACUAGCCACGCGGGGUGCGCGAAUCCAUUACAAAGGAAACAAACAGCUCUUGCAGCUCGAUGUAAAGACCGGGGAUUUGCUUCUAUCUGAAAAAUUAGACCGAGAGGUGCUGUGUGGGGCGACAGAUCCCUGUAUACUGCAUUUCCAACUGUUACUGGAAAACCCGGUGCGGUUUUUUCAGGCUGAGCUGGAGCUCACAGAUAUAAAUGACCAUUCCCCAGAAUUCCCAGAGAGGGAAAUGCUUCUAAAAAUCCCAGAAAUCGUCCACCCUGGGGCUGUGUUCCCUUUGAAAACAGCACAGGACCUUGACAUAGGGAACAACACCGUUCAGCGCUACGCAAUCAGCCCCAACUCCCACUUCCAUGUCGUCACUCAUAAUCGCGGAGAUGGCAGAAAAUUCCCAGAGCUGGUGCUGGACAAAGCAGUUGAUCGGGAGGAGCAGCCCGAGCUCAGCUUAAUACUCACGGCGCUGGAUGGCGGGGCUCCGCCCAGGUCCGGGACCACUGCAGUUCGCAUUGAAGUCGUGGACAUCAAUGACAACGCCCCUGAGUUUUUACAGUCGCUCUAUGAGGUGCAGAUCCCAGAGAACAGCCCCCUAAACACCUUAGUUGCUGCGGUCUCUGCCCGAGAUUUAGAUGCAGGAACAAAUGGGAAUGUAGCCUACGCUCUCUUCCAAGGGGAUGAAGUGACUCAACCAUUUGUAAUUGACGAACUAACUGGAGAGAUUCGUCUGAAGAGAGCACUGGAUUUUGAGGAAACUCAAAAGUAUAACGUGGAAAUUACAGCCACAGACGGCGGGGGCCUUUCAGGAAAAUGCACUGUAGCUAUAGAGGUGGAGGAUGUGAACGACAACGCCCCCGAACUGACCAUGUCCACGCUGGCCAGCUCUAUCCCCGAAAACUCCCCAGAGACUGUAGUGGCCGUUUUCAGUGUUUCCGACCCAGACUCCGGAGACAACGGUAGAAUGGUUUGCUCCAUCCAGGAUGAUCUCCCCUUUCUCUUGAAACCGACCUUCAAAAAUUUCUACACUCUCGUAACAGAGGGCCCGCUGGACAGAGAAAGUCAAGCCGAGUACAACAUCACCAUCACCGUCACCGACCUGGGGACCCCCCGGAGGCACACCCAGCACAACCUGACCGUGCGCGUGGCCGACGUCAACGACAACGCGCCCGCCUUCAGCCAGCCCGCCUACACCCUGCGCGUCCGCGAGAACAACAGCCCCGCCCUGCACAUCGGCACCGUCCGCGCCACCGACGCCGACGCGGGCGCCAACGCCCAGCUCACCUACUCGCUGCUGCCGCCCUCCGACCCGCACCUGCCCCUCGCCUCGCUCGUGGCCAUCAACCCCGACACCGGCCAGCUCUUCGCCCUGCGCGCCCUCGACUACGAGGCCCUGCGCGCCUUCGACUUCCAGGUGCGCGCCGCCGACCGCGGCGCGCCCGCGCUCAGCAGCCAGGCGCGGGUGCGCGUGCUCGUGGCCGACGCCAACGACCACGCGCCCGUCGUGCUCUACCCGCCGCAGAACGCCUCGGCGCCCUGCCCCGAGCUGCUGCCCCGGGCGGCCGAGCCGGGCUACCUGCUGGCCAAGGUGGUGGCGGUGGACGGCGACGCGGGCCAGAACGCCUGGCUGUCCUACCGCCUGCUGCAGGCCACCGAGCCCGGGCUCUUCGGCGUGGGCGCGCACAGCGGCGAGGUGCGCACGGCCCGCCCGCUGAGCGAGCGCGACGCGCCCCGGCAGCGGCUGCUGCUGCUGGUGCGGGACCACGGCGAGCCGCCGCUCUCGGCCAGCGUCGCGCUGCACGUGCUGCUGGUGGACGGCUUCUCGCAGCCCUACCUGCCGCCGCCCGAGGCCCCCGGCCGCGCGCCGGGCGCCGGCGCGGACGAGCCGCUCACCGUCUCGCUGGUGGGGGCGCUGGCGUGCGUGUCGGCGCUGCUGGUGGGGGCGCUGCUGGCCUUGGGGGCGGGGCGGCUGUGCCGGCGGGGCGGGGCGGCCUCGGCGGGGGGCGGCUCGGGGCCCGCGGAGGGCGGCGUCGCGGGCCAGCUGCUGGACGUGGGCGGCACGGGGACCCUGGCCCACGGCUACCGCUACGAGGUGUGCCUGGCGGGAGGUUCUGGAACGAAUGAGUUUAAAUUCCUUAAGCCGAUUCUCCCCAACCUUCCGCCCCAAGGCGCAUUUGAAGAUAUGGAGGGAAAUGCCACCUUCCGGAAUAGCUUUGGAUUUAAUUAGGGAUCUGAUCACAAUGCAAUCUCUUUUGUCAUUUAUCCCUAAUUUCCCCCCAGAUACAGCAUUUGAGAGCGUCAUGGAGAAAAAUCCCACCUUCAGGUAUGACCUUGAUUUCCCCUCUGUAAUGAAUUUGUCCACUGAACUUUUACCUCGUUUAGUUUUGGAAAACUCCAUUCUACUGCCAUUGCAUUUACUUACAGACUGCCAUUCAAAACUCUCGCUUGCUUUGAUUUUCCCGAAAUUUUCGCUCCUCCUGUUGGUAUUGUUUCAUUGAACUCUCUUAAUAAAAUAAAAUAGUAAUUUGA